UGUCAUUUAAUAAUUUCUAGUUUUAGUUACCAGUGUUCCUAUAAAGUUUGUUUUGUAUUUUAUGCUGAGUAAGCUUGAUUUAAAUUUGUUAACAAACUGCGAUUACCGAAACGGUGAACAAUAGCUAAAGUUUAUCGUGAGGGUUUAGCUCAAGAUUUAUUAACAUGCCGCGGACAACAAGAAGAUCUUUUAAAACUUUGCAGCAUGCCGCUACAGACACGGAAAAUUUAGUUGGCAGACCUUCUAAAAAUUUAAAACACCAACUAUCUCAAGAGACCCUCAUAGAUGUAGAAGUAAAAAGAAAGAAUAUAGCUACUAAGGAGGUUCAAGUAGAUAUUAAAGACAAAGUAUCAGUUGAUGAUCUUACUAACCCUGAUGGGGCAUCUGAAAAAUAUUGGGAAAUUUUGGCAGAAAAGCGGCAACAAGCAUUACAUGAAGCGCUAGAUGAAAAUGAGAAGUUAAGAAAAAUUAUUGAGGACUUGAAAGAAGAAAACUCUCAAUAUGUAAAGAUGUUGGAAGAAGCCAAUAGCUUUGUUGAAGUUAUUAAGGAAGAGCUUGCUAAUUGCAGCAACAAUGACACUGGCAUUGAUGUAAAUGAUAUCAGUACAGCCGAUGAAGCAGCAGAUGAGACACAGGAGAGCACUGAAGAAACAAAGACUGAAUAAUCUCCUCUGAAUCUAUCACAAAAUAGAGUUAAUAUAUUUAGUUUCUUUUGUA